AUGCGUUCCACAAGCUUGGCCUAUGCCUUCGCGGCACUUUCUAGCUCCGCGCUCGUUGCAGCCCAGACAUUUUCGGACUGCGACCCUACAAAGGGAGACAAAUGCAAUCCUGAUCCCGCCUUCGGAAACUGCAGGAAGACCACCAGCUUCGACUUCUCCACCGUCGCCGGCGGAGAAGGCUGGAAGACGGACAAGACCUUCCUGGACUUCUGGACGCCCGAGAAGGGAAUCGUGGGCGACAACUCGCCGCUGACCAUCGACGAGCACGGCGCCGUCCUCACCAUUAGCAACAAGGACCAGGCGCCGCUGAUCAAGUCGAACAAGUACCUCUUCUUCGGCAAGGUUGACGUCACGGUCAAGGCUGCGCCUGGUGUUGGUAUUGUUACUUCGGUUGUGCUUGAAUCGGAUGACCGUGAUGAGAUCGAUUGGGAAUGGAUCGGCGGCGAGCCAGGCAACGUCCAAACCAACUUCUUCUCCAAAGGCGUAAACAACUACAUCCACGGCCAAACCCACGGCGUCGCCUUCAACGCCAUCGAGGGCCUGCAUACCUACACCAUCGACUGGACCCCCGACUACAUCAGCUUCCAAGUCGACGGCGCCGAGAUCCGCCGCGCCACGCCCGCCGAGGCCGACAACGGCGCCACCUGGCCCCAAACCCCCGUGCAAGUCAAGCUGGGCACCUGGGUCGGCGGCAAGCCCGACAACCCCCAGGGCACCAUCGACUGGGCGGGCGGUCUCGCUGACUUCGCCCAAGCGCCCUUCAUUGCCUGGUACAAGGAGGUCAAGAUUACGGACUACUGCGGCGGCAAGGAUCAGGCGGGCGAGUAUGUGUAUACGGAUUCGAGCGGAUCGCAGGGCAGCAUUGAGGUGAGGGGGAGCUCCAGUGAUGUUGGCUUUGGGGAUGAUAAGGGCAAGUCUUCGACUUCUACUUCGACGACUUCGUCUUCUUCGCCUACUUCCUCUUCGGCUUCGAAGCCUAGCUCUUCCUCGACUAGCUCGUCUAGCUCUUCCAGCUCUUCUAGCUCGAACUCUACGAGCGCUACGGGGGGUGGCUCUACGCCCACCGACGGCGCCGAUGGUGGCUCUUCGAACAACGGUUCGGACCAGGAUGGUAACGGCCAAGGUAGUGGCGCAGUGGCGGCCCGGUUGUCGUCUACCCUUGCUGCGGUUGUUGUUCUCGGAUACGUCUUGUUUUCCUAA